AUGUUGAAGUGCCUUGUCUUGGCGCUCUUUAUUUGCGGGUCCAAAGUACUGGCUGACCUGCGAGUUGAGGGGGUCCAGGAGGACUUUGAUUCCUUGGACAGUGACAGCGCUUCAACCCUGGCCUUUGUGUUCGACGUUACCGGCUCAAUGUACGACGACCUCAAACAGGUGAUAGAGGGCGCUUCUCGGAUCCUGGAAAAGACCCUCAACCGGAGGACCAGACCCAUCAAAAACUUUGUCCUCGUCCCGUUUCAUGACCCAGACAUUGGCCCUGUGUCCAUCACCACUGACCCAAAGAAGUUCCAGCAGGAUCUGCAGGAGCUGUUUGUCCAGGGAGGUGGAGACUGUCCAGAGAUGAGUAUAGGAGCCAUAAAGAAGGCCCUGGAGGUGUCUCUACCAAGCUCCUUUAUCUACGUGUUCACUGAUGCCAGGGCCAAGGACUACCACCUGAAAAGGGACGUGCUGCAACUGGUGCAGCUCCGACAGUCACAGGUUGUGUUUGUCUUGACUGGGGACUGUGGAGACCGCUCUCAGCCUGGGUACAGAGCCUAUGAGGAGAUCGCUGCCACCAGCUCUGGACAGAUCUUUCACCUGAACAAGCAGCAAGUCAAUGAGGUCUUGAAGUGGGUGGAAGAGACAGUACAGGGCCUGAAGGUCCACCUGCUCUCCUCCAACCAUGACAGUGCUCAGGAGAACCAGUGGGAGGUGCCCUUUGACCCCAGCCUGAAGGAGUUCACUGUGUCACUUAGUGGGCCAGCCCCUCAGAUCGAGCUCAGGGAUCCCCUUGGUCGCAUUGUUGGAGUGGAGCAGGGCCUCACAGAGCUACUGAAUAUCCCAAACUCAGCCCGUGUUGUCAACCUGAAGUUCCCCCGACCUGGAGCCUGGACUCUGAAGGUGGGCUGUGGUGGCCGCCACACUCUGAGAGUUACAGGGGUCAGCAAUCUGGACUUCCGGGCUGGGUUCUCCAGUAUACCAGUGUCUGAGUUCAACUAUACCAGGGAGAGACCCAUCAAAGGAGUUCCAGCCCAUGUGUUACUGAAGUGUACAGGACUGAAGCCACCAGGUCAGCUGAGUCUCAUGGAGUUAGUGUCAGGUUCAGGACGCUCCCUACGCACCCUCCCUGUGCCUCUGCCCUCUGACAGGGGCAGCCGAGGACUCUGGAGUGUCCCAGAAUUUCGCACUCCUUCCCAAAGUUUCUUCCUCAAGGUGACAGGGAAGGAUGAGGAAGGUUACCGCUUCCAGAGGUUGUCCAGUGUCUCAUACACAAACAUCAUCCCAGAUCCCCCAGCUGUGAGCAUGCCCCUUGUGGUGAACAGCUUUUAUAUGCAGCCCGCUAUGAUUGGCUGUUCGGUAGAGAGCGAUGUUCCCUAUAGGCUGAGGUUCACCCGGAGUGGAGUGUCUCUUGGAGAGGAUAAGUUGUUCCAGUUCUCUGGCAAAGCAUCAUGGGAAAUUCCGCAUGCCUCAGGUGAGGAUGAGGGUCUGUACGAGUGCAUCGCUCAGAGCAGCGCGGGACUGGGACGAGCCCUCACACAGCUGACUGUGAGAGAGCCUCCUCCGGUGCUGAAGGCCCCAGUGAAUGUGAGCUCUACUGUGGGGGCCGUGGCUGUGCUGGCCUGCCAGGUGGAGGGCUCCAUGCGCCACAACCUGACCUGGCAGCGGGCUGGCCUCACUAUCCUGACCCGCUCCGGGAGGGUAAGGGUCUUGCCCAACUCCUUCCUGGAGAUCAGUGGGUUGCGGCCCCAGGACGCCGGCCAGUACCAGUGUGUGGCCACCAACGCCCAUGGAGACAGCCGAGUCACAGUGUGGCUGCUUGUCCCAGAGGCCCCUUCUGUGGUAGUCAGCCCCCAGAGCCAAGCCUUCUCCAGGGGGUCUGAGGUCCACUUCAUCUGCACAGCGUCCGGCUCCCCCACUCCACAGCUCUUCUGGAGUCAUGGAAACAUCUUCCUCACUAAUCAGCCAAGGAUGGCUAUAUCCAAACAUGGUAGCCUAACAAUCAGAGAUGCCCUCCCUGAGGAUGCUGGGAACUACACAUGCCUUGCAACCAAUAAGGCUGGAACUGCUAAACAGACUGUGUCUCUCAAUUAUGCAGAGGAACCCAGUAUCUGGGUGGUGAAACAGGUUGUGAUGGUAGCCGUUGGAGGUGAUGCCACUCUGGCAUGCCAAGCAACAGGUGUCCCCCCUCCUCUGGUAAAAUGGUCCAAAGGUGAUCUACAAGUAGGCUCAGUUCCUUUUGCUGAGCAGGACGUGCAUCGUGGGACGCUGCAGAUCCGAGGGGUGCAGGAGAAGGAUGCCGGGGAGUACAGCUGUGUGGCCAGAAACCCGGCUGGAACCUCCUCUGCUACCGUUAUUCUGGAGGUUGGAGCGGCCCCUCUGUUCUCAGAAACCCCCGUUGACAUGAUGGCAGAUGUGGGGGAGAAUGUCACCCUACCCUGUGUCGCCCAUGGUUUCCCAUUGCCCAAGGUUACCUGGCGUCGAGAUGAUGGGAGACCGAUUCUCACUAACGUAGACAGCAGCGGUAGCCAGGUGCAACUAGAUAAAGGGCAUCUCCUGAUCCAGAGUGUCUGGUUGGAUGAUGAAGGCGUGUAUGUCUGUGAGGCCAAGAACCAGUUUGGAACCAUCAGGACUGAGGCCAGACUGCGGCUGAGUGGCAGGACAUUCCUGAGGAGUGAUGGCAGCCUGUACAUAGAGAGGGCACUCCCAGAGGAUGCUGGGACGUAUGUUUGCACUGCGGUGAACAUAGCGGGGUCGGUCAACAUAUCUGUCAGCCUGGAAGUCCAUGUGCCCCCAGAGAUCAGCGCUGGUCCAUACCACUACAUAGCCAAUGAGGGUGUGGCCAUCACCCUGUCAUGUGAGUCCAGUGGAGUUCCCAAGCCAACUAUUGUCUGGUCCAAGGGAAGGGAGCCCCUGCCCAGGGACAUGUCCUCUGCCCAGUCAGACAAUGAUGGUUACCUCCACAUCCUCAACCCCACUGCAGAGGAUGCAGGCAUAUACAUCUGCACAGCCACCAGUGCAGUGGGCUACGCCAGCCGUGAGAUCCAGCUUAGUGUCAACACCAAGCCUAAGAUCGUAGGUGUGAGCAGUCAGGAGAACACAGUUAAGAUGGCUGCCGAAGUGGGCUCUGAGGUCAUCCUCCCCUGUGAGGUCCAGGGCAGUCCCUCUCCCCUGGUCACAUGGAGCAGGAACGGCCAGCCCAUCCCUCCAGUCACUGCCUGGUUCACCGUGCUGCCUUCUGGCUCUCUGAAGAUCACUGAUGUCCGACUGGUUGAUAGUAAACUUUACACUUGCUCAGCAAAAAACCCAGCAGGCAACGUGUCUAUCAACUACAAUUUACACAUACAAGCUAAGCCCAAGAUCCAGGCAGCUCCGUCCCUGCUGAAGGCUCUGAUAGGCCAGACAGUGGUUCUGCCAUGUGUGGUUCAGGGGGAACCCAGCCCUGAAAUCAGCUGGUUCCACGACGGACGUCCUGUCUGGGCCAGGGAUACUGCAGCCCUCAAGAUCCACAGGGCCAGCCUCACUGACCAGGGCAUCUACAGCUGUGUGGCCAAGAACACUGCUGGACAGGACACCAUGGAGGUCAAACUGGAGGUGCUAGAGGCCCCGUCCUUCGCAGAGGCUGGAGAUGCCAUCAUGGAGAAAGUGUCUAACAGCAAGGUCACCAUUCCCUGCCCUGCUGAAGGCUCACCCCCUCCCAAGGUACGCUGGUUCAAGAACGGUCUGGAGAUACACCCUGACCAAUCAGAGCUAUCUGUGGCACAGGACGGCUCUCUUGUGAUUGGUUCAGCAUCUGCCAGUCACAGUGGGGACUUCACAUGUGUAGCCAGCAAUGAUGCAGGCUCUGUUGAGCGGAAGACCCGCCUGAAAGUGCAUGUUCCCCCUGAGAUCCAGGAUGAUGGACAGCCCCUGAACCUGACAGUCACCCUGAAGCAGCCACUCACUCUGGGCUGUGAUGUCAUUGGUAUCCCCUCCCCCACAAUCACCUGGACUAAAGACGGGCAGAAUGUGGUGGACUCCCCUGGAGUGUAUCUACAGAAUGGGAAGAGACUUCUGAGAAUCUACCGGGUCCAGACAGAGCACGGUGGCCAGUUCAGCUGCAUAGCUAGUAACACAGCUGGGGUACAGGACCUGUCAGUGGUGUCAGGACAGGAGGUGGAGUUCCAGUGUCGGGUCAGUGGGCGCCCAGCCCCCAAAGUUGAAUGGAGCCGGGAUGGAGAGGUGCUGUCCAAGGACGGGGACCCCCAUGUGGAGUUCCAUGAGCAGGGCCAGGCGAUGAAGGUGAAGGCAGUCAGACUGAGGGACCAGGGCUUGUACCAGUGUCUGGCCAGUAACAGCGCUGGGACACAGAUGCGCCAGUUCAGACUCACUGUGCAAGCUCCCCCCACCAUCAUGGGCCCCAGUGAGACCUCAGAGGUGUCUGUGGUGUUGGGUUUCCCCACGGUUCUGCCCUGUGACGUAGAAGGUUCUCCCAUGCCCAGUAUCACCUGGCUGAAGGACAACCAGCCCAUCGUGUCCAGUGCCCAGCUCACCUACACCCGGGGUGGGCAGGCGCUGCGGUUGGGGGCAGCACAGGGAGACAGUGCCGGUCUCUACACCUGCCGAGCCUCAAACCCAGCAGGCACCACUCUUAAACACUACUCACUCAGUGUGCUGGUUCCACCGCAGAUUGAAGGGGACUCUACAUCUCUGAGUUUCGGUAGCCGAGAUGAGAAAGUCCGGAUCAACGGCUCAUUAACCCUGUCCUGUCUGGCUAAAGGCUUCCCUGAACCCAAGACCCAGUGGUUCAAAGAUGGACAGUUGUUGACUAGGAACUCCCACACUGGUAUCCGUGAGAGUGGUCGCCUUCUUCACAUAGACAAUGCCAUGCUCUCCCAUGAGGGACAAUACACCUGCAUGGUCACCAACACUGCAGGAGAGGACAAGAGAGACUUCCACGUCACUAUUCAGGAGAGAAGGGAGGUGGUCCUGGGGCAUCCCAUCAGCCUGUCCUGUGAGAGUAACGCCAUCCCUCCGCCCCAUCUCAGCUGGUACAGAGAGGGACGCAAGCUCUCCACCGCUGACGGAGUAGUACUGCUGCCAGGUGGGCAGGUACUCCAGAUUCCACGGGUCCAGCAGGAGGAUGCUGGGAAAUAUACGUGUCAGGCGGUGAACGAGGCAGGGGAGGACCGCAUGCACUUUGACCUGGAGGUUCUAGUCCCCCCAGUGAUAACGGGCCAGUUGGAUGAGUUCAUGGAGGAGAUAGGAGCAGUGGUGAACAGUACCGUGGCUCUCCACUGUGACGUGACGGGUCACCCAGAACCAGCCAUCUCCUGGCUGAGGGACGGCACACCGCUGCCCUCCGGACAAAACCACAGCAUCAGUGAGGACGGGAGACAACUACAGAUCCUCAGUGUGCAGGUGUCAGACAUGGCCAGCUACCUUUGUGUGGCUGAGAACAAGGUUGGAGCAGUGGAAAAACUCUUCAGUCUGACUGUGCAAGUUCCCCCAAGGAUGGUAGCUGGCAGGGAGGAGGAGGUGAGUGUGAUAAAGGGUCACAUGGUGUCCAUGCUGUGUGACGUCCAGGCGUACCCUCCUCCAGAGAUCACAUGGACCAGAGAUGGACAGGUCCUCCAGUUCAGCACGGGCAUCCAUAUCCUGCCAGGAGGUCAGAUGCUGCAGCUGCCCCGGGCCAGACUAGAGGAUGCAGGACAGUACGUGUGCACUGCCACCAACUCAGCAGGCCAGGACCAGAAGAGCAUACUGCUCAGUGUCUAUGUCCUGCCCACGCUGAAGCCCCGCCUUGACUCUGAGUCAGAGGUCCUGACCCCUCAGGUGGGGUCAUCUGUCACUCUGCGUUGUGAAGCUCGGGGCAUUCCGACGCCUGAGGUCACAUGGUACAGGAACGGGCUGCAGCUGGCAGCUAGGACUGGACUGAAAGUGGAGCAGCAUCAGCUGGAGAUCAUGGGAGUGCAGGUGGCUGAUGGUGGAAUGUACAUCUGCAAGGUGUCCAAUGUGGCUGGACAAGUGGACAGGACCUUCCGCUUGACUGUUCAUGUACCCCCUGUCCUGGAUGGACCUCUUCAUGAGUCCCUCACCCAAAACCUGGGCUCCCAUGUCACCUUGCUGUGUGAGGCUACAGGGGUCCCAGUACCCAGUAUAACCUGGCUGAAGGAUGGCACCCCUAUUGAGAGCAGUCUGCAGUGGCAGUGGUCGGUACGAGGCAACAGGCUGGAGCUGGGUCCGCUGACCCUCUCUCACGCUGGAACCUACACCUGUGUGGCCAAGAACAGGGAGGGACAGACUCAGAAGGACUUUGCUCUCACAGUGCAAGUGUCGCCCACAAUCCUGGACUCUAGCCAUCCAUCUGACCUGAGUGCCCCAGUGGGCGAUGAGCUGACUCUGGAGUGCAAAGUGACAUGCACACCCACACCCCACCUCAGCUGGCUGAAGAAUGGAGUGACUCUGGAGGGCUCAGACACCCAAGAGAUAGACAUAUCCCCUAAUGGGAGCACUCUAACCCUGCUAAGGCUGAGGCCUGAGGACUCUGGGACUUACACCUGUCUGGCUGUCAGCCCUGCUGGCCAGGAGAGCAAGAUCUUCACCCUCCUUGUACUGGUGCCCCCCUCUAUCUCGGGCGAGACCAGUGCCCCCAGAGAGGUGCAGACCACCCAGGACAGUGUGGUGACCCUGGAGUGCCAGGCAGCGGGUAACCCUCCACCUCAGAUCAGCUGGCUCAGGAAUGGACGCCCCCUGCUCCUCUCUCCACGUAUCAGCCUCCUCUCCGCAGACACUGUACUCAGGAUCUCUCCAGUGCAGCUGUCAGACUCUGGGGUCUAUACGUGUGUGGCACGCAGUCGUGCUGGCCUCGCUGAGCUUAACUUUGAUGUACAGGUCCAAGUUCCUCCAGGUGUGGACCGUGUGGAGCCUGUAAAGCCGGUCACAGUGGUGCGGGGGUCCCUGGUGACACUGACCUGUGAGGCACAGGGUGUCCCCCCUCCCUCCUUGAAAUGGCUAAAGGACGGCCAGCCUCUGUCCCUGCAUCGCAACCUGCUGCUUGACGGCCAGGAGACGCGGCUGCAGCUGCCUGACGUGGGGCUCUCUGACAGAGGCCUCUACAGCUGUGUGGCCAGCAACCAGGCUGGCAGCAGCACCAAGAGCUUCAACCUCACUGUGUUGGAGCCUCCAAAGAUCUCCAUCAGCUCUCCAGAGGAGUUGAUGGUGGCCGUGAACACUGCUCUGGAGCUGGAGUGUAUUGCAGAGGGCGUCCCCUCUCCUACCCUCAGCUGGCUCAAGGAUGGGCGCCCUCUACAGGGAGAUAGUGAGAUAGUAGAGGAGGACGGACACUUCCUCAGGAUUACCAAAGUGCAAGUGGAGGAUGCAGGUCUAUACACCUGUCUGGCUAGCAGCCCAGCAGGCGAGGAUGGAAGUAACCACUGGGUCCGUGUUCAAGUUCCCCCAACUCUUCUUGGUUCUGAUGAUGUCAGAACGUUGUCAGUCCCAGCCAAAGGACACCUGACUCUGGAGUGCCAGGCUGACAGUGACCCUCCACCUGACAUAGAGUGGUACAAGGACGACGUGAAAUUACAGCUGGGGGGUCGUAUCCAGAGGCUGGCCGGGGGUCAGUACCUGGAGAUCCAGGACGUCAGGCCUCAGGACAGUGGCCAGUACAGCUGUGUGGUCACCAACAUGGCUGGAAGCACCAACCUCUUAUUCACUGUGGAGAUCCUCAUGCCACCAGUCAUCAGAGAGAGCAGCUCUGUGGUCACUGCACAUAUCAGUCAGGAUGCAGUCUUGCCCUGUGAAGUAGAGGGGGAUGCCUCACUUACAAUCCUGUGGAGGAAAGAUGGCAUCCCUAUAGGUCCUGACGACAACAAGUACACCACGCUGUCUGAAGGCUCUCUGCGUGUGAAGGCUGUUCAGCUGAGUGAUGCCGGACGCUACUACUGCACCGUGUCCAAUCAGGCCGGAUCAGAUCACCAUGGGAUGGACUUACGCGUGUUUGUUGGUCCCUCGAUCAACCCUGGUCCCUUCAACGUGACGGUGACCACAGGGGUGAGAGCCGUGCUGAGCUGUGAGGCCACAGGUAUACCUGCACCUAAAGUCACCUGGAAGAGGAAUGGGACUCCCAUAGACCUCAACCAUCAGCCUGGCACAUACAGGUUACUCUCCUCUGGAUCUCUGGUCAUUUCCUCUCCAUCCAAUCAGGAUGAGGGAUACUUUGAAUGCACAGCAGCCAAUGAGGUUGGAGAGGAGCGCAGUGUCAUUGAGGUUAUCCUACAAGCCCCCCCCACCAUUGAAGAUGACAUCACAACAGUCAUUGCUAUCAAAAUGGCCCCUGUGGUGCUGCCAUGCCAUGCCCAGGGCCGCCCAGAGCCCAGUGUCAGCUGGACCAAGAGUGGAGCCAAGCUGGGUUCCCGAGGGGGGAGUUAUCGGGUCCUGCCCACAGGGGUGCUGGAGAUUACAGCUGCUACCCCCAGUCAUGCAGGGAGGUACACCUGCUCUGCCCGGAACCCUGCAGGGGUGGCCCACAAACACAUCACUCUCACAGUGCAAGAGCCCCCUGAGAUCAGGCCCAUGACAGAGGAAGUACAAGUAGUGUUGCAUCAUGGGACAGUUCUGCCCUGCGAGGUGAAAGGUUUCCCUCGACCCUCCAUCACCUGGCAACGAGAGGGUGUUCCCAUAUUAACUGGUCACAGACUGGCUCUCCUCUCAAAUGGAGCUCUGAAGUUCUCUCGGGUCACACUGGGUGAUGCGGGCACUUACCAGUGCCUGGCACAGAAUGAAGCUGGCACAGCAAUGGGAAGGACACGGCUCGUGCUGCAAGUUCCCCCAGUACUGAGUGUUCCUCGUGUGGAGUACACGGCCGUGCUGGGCCAGCCAGUGAGCAUGGAGUGUGUGGCAGAUGGACAACCCCAGCCAGAGGUGUCCUGGCACAGGGAACGCAGGCCCGUCACAAAGGGGGCACACAUACAGCUCUUUGCCAACGGCACCCUGAGGAUCGCGGCCUCACAACGUAGUGAUGCUGGCCUGUACACCUGCUCUGCAAAAAACCUCGUUGGCAGGGCCAGCCAUGACAUGAGGCUUGUCAUAAUGAUCCCGCCUAUGAUUCCUGGUGGUCAGCCAGAGCUGUCUGUUGUCCAGGGCUUCCAGGCCUUGUUGCCGUGUGCAGCUCAGGGUUCGCCAGAGCCCCGGGUGUCAUGGGAGAAGGACGAUAACACCGUGCCCAACCUGCCUGGCAAAUUUACUGUUCUGCGAUCAGGAGAGCUGAUCAUUGAGAGGGCAGAGCCAGGUGAUGGUGGUGUGUUCACCUGUGUGGCCACCAACACAGCAGGCACAGUGAGACAGGACACCCGCCUGUCCGUCAACAUGAGGCCCGCCUUCAAGGAGUUACCUGGUGACGUGACCCUGAACAAAGGCCAAAGUCUCAGCUUGUCUUGCCAUGGCCAGGGCACCCCUACCCCUGUCAUCUCCUGGACCGCUAACAACAGCCCCUAUCCAGGUUCCAGUGUGGAUGAGGCAGGCAGAAGCUCCUUGGUCAUAGAGAAUGUGACCAUGAGUGAUGCGGGAACCUAUGUGUGCCUAGCAGAGAACAGUGUGGGCACCAUUAGAGCACUCUCAUUUGUCCGCAUUAGAGAACCUCCAGUUUUGAAGGGAGAGGCCCAUAUCUCUCAGACUGUGGCCCAGGGUGGCACAGCCAUGCUGGACUGUCCUGUCCAGGGAAACCCCAGUCCUGUCCUCCGCUGGCUCCGUGACGGCAGACCCCUUCUCCGCUCCCUUCGCCUGCAACCCCUCCAUAAUGGCUCCCUGGCCAUCUACAGCAUCACGAGAGGAGAUGCAGGAGAGUACCAGUGUGUGGCUGAGAGUGAGGCUGGAGUCGCUGAGAGAACCGUCUCUCUCAAAGUACAGAUUAAGGGAGGUUACUCUAAUUGGGAGGAGUGGGGCCCAUGCAGCACCACCUGUGGACGAGGGGUUCAGGAGCGAAUCAGGUUAUGCAACAAUCCAGAGCCAGUCAAUGGGGGGCGAUCAUGUGACGGUCCCAGUAUGGACUCCAGAAGAUGUCAGACUGGACUCUGUCCAGGGGAGGCCCCUCGUAAGGCCAGGGGCAGCCUGAUAGGGAUGGUGAAUGAUAGGGAGUUUGGGGUGUCGUUCCUGGAGGUUAACAUCACAGAGAACCUAGACGAUGGAACCAGCACCCUGCAGGCCCACCUGGACAACAUCCCCCCUAGUGUGGGUCCAUUGCUGCGGGCGCUCGUGUCUGUGUUUGCUCCCAUCUACUGGACCACAGUGCUGCAGACUGGAGCAGCCAGGAACGGCUACUCACUGACCCAGGGCCUGUUCAGACAGGAGUCCCAACUGGAGUUUGACACAGGAGAGAGCCUUCGGGUAACACAUGUAGCCAGAGGUCUGGACUCAGAGGGGGUUCUCCUCAUGGACAUCGUUAUCAAUGGCUUUGUCCCUCCAACAUUAUCAACCUCCCAUCUCAAUCUGCAGGAGUUUGAUGAGUCAUACGUGCAGAUGGGACCAGGGCAGCUGUACUCGUGGUCGUCCCAGGCCCAUCAGAGAGCAGGCGGUCCCAUGGUGCUGCGCUGUAACCACUCCAUCAUCUACGAGGGCCGAGAGGAGCGCCAGGGGCCCCUGUUGCAGCUGCUUAAGGUGUCCCAGAUGAGUGCCAUCUACAGCAUAUUCACUCUCAGUUUGGACUUCCAGAUGACAGCCUCAUUACUCCUACCAGAUGGUGAUGGAGAAACAUGCCCGAAAGGUUUUGUCCUGGAUACAGCCUCUUACUGUGCUGAUGAGGAUGAAUGUGCUGCAGAAUCGCCCUGCUCUCAUUCCUGCAACAAUGUGAUGGGUGGCUUUUCCUGUGCCUGUCCCUCCGGCUUCACCAUCUCUCCAAAGACCAACACAUGCCAAGAUAUUGAUGAAUGUGCCCAGGGUUCCCACAUGUGCCACUACAACCAGCAGUGUGUGAACACGGUCGGCACGUACCGCUGCCAGGCUAAAUGUGGCCCAGGGUUCAAGCCCAGCGCCAUGGGAACCAGCUGUGAAGAUGUGGAUGAGUGCCAGGAGUCGUCUCUCUCUCCGUGUCAGCAGCAGUGUCUGAACACCCUGGGCUCCUUCCGCUGUGUCUGCAACCCUGGCUACCAGCUCUCUGGGCACCGCUGUCUAGACAUCAACGAGUGCAGCAGGAAUGUGUGCCCAGCUCACCAGCAGUGCCGCAACACAGAGGGAGGCUACCAGUGUUUCGACAGCUGCCCAGCUGGCAUGAGAAUGGGAGAGAAUGGGGCCUGUGUGGAUGUGGACGAGUGCCAGGAUGGGAGCCACAUGUGCCGCUACAGCCAGAUCUGUCAGAACACCAUUGGGGGGUACGGCUGUGUCUGCCCUAGAGGUUAUCAGUCCCAGGGGGUGGGCCGUCCAUGCCUGGACGUUGAUGAGUGCCUACAGACGCCGAGUCCAUGUGCCCACCAGUGCCGUAACGUGCCAGGCAGCUUCCGGUGCCUCUGCCCACCAGGCACUGUGUUACUGGGGGAUGGGCGCUCCUGUGCUGGCCUAGAGAGAGGACAGGCCUUCUCCAACGGUACCCGCAUCAGGGAAAGACUGCGCCCACAGCUGGUGUCAUCGCUCGGUAGGCCCAUCCUCUCACGGCAUCAUGGGGUAUCCCGCAUCACCAGACAGAGCUGCCCCAUAGGCUACACCAACCGAGAUGGCACAUGUGUCGAUGUGGAUGAGUGCUUGCUGAGGAAGCCGUGCCAACAUGAGUGCCGAAACACAAUAGGCAGUUUCCAGUGCCUCUGUCCUACAGGCUACCAGCUCUUACCCAACGGCAGGAGCUGUAAAGACAUUGAUGAGUGUGCAGUACAAGGCAUCCAGUGUGGACACAACCAGAUGUGCUUCAACACUCGUGGAGGACAUCAGUGUCUGGACACGCCCUGCCCUGCAUCCUAUCAGAAAGGAGGGAGCCCAGGGACGUGCUACAGACCCUGCUCUUGGGACUGUGCUUCUGGAGGUUCCCCUCUGCUACUCCAGUACAAGCUGCUGACCCUCCCCCUCGGCAUCCUAGCCAAUCACAAUGUGGUGCGCCUGUCGGCCUUCUCUGAGGUGGGGGUGUUGCAGGAGAGAACAUCCUUCACCAUCCUGGAGCAGGGUAGUGAGGGGGAUCCGGGGGCAGGGGGCCAGAUAUUUGGCAUCAGGGAUGAGGCAGGAAGGGGCAUCAUCUUCACCCUACGGCCCCUGCAGAUGCCAGGCCUGGUGCGUUUGAGGGUGCAGGCCACCACCCUCUCCACACAGGGCCGCAUCACAUACCAGAGCAUCUUCAUCAUCUACAUCUCCAUCUCUAGAUACCCCUACUGAGCCCCCCCUCAGCUGGAGGGUGGAACUGACUGUUUUCCCCUAAAAUGCCCCUGUCCCCUUCCUCAAUCUCUGUAGAAUCAGGCCCCCGGCCUGGGAGAACGAGCAUGCCAACCAAGCCAAGCCAAGGACGCACUAAUCAUGAGACAAGGCAAACAGUAUUAUCACUAAGGAUUUCACUGAUAUUUGGACCCUUAUCUGUGGUACAAUGUAAACUGUAUUGAAAUGGAUCUUAAACUGUGAGGACAUGGUUUAGUCAAAAUCUGUUCUGUUUUGUUGGAUUUAUCACAAUGAACAUGCCAAAGAUGGUCCUAUAGCAUUAGAAUGGCGUGCAGCUAUUUAUAUUGUGAAAAUGCUACAGGUUUGUCAACAUUAUUUUAUCUCGUGUUUUCCUAUUCUUUUAAGUCAUUGUUGUCACAUGAAUCAGCUAUAAGGUGCUAUUCUGAAUGUACUGUACUUGAGUGUGUUUACGUUUAUGGCCUUAGCUUCAUCGAAGCAGUGAGUCAUAUGGCGUUUGUGUUACAAGAACAAACGGAUGAGAAAGCAUUUCCUCCCCCGGCCUGGACUAAACCAUCUUAAGCAGGAAGUAGAAGACCAUUUGAGUUUGAUUGCUCUCAUUGGACUCUGUGCUGAAUGGAGUUGGCCUCCACUAGCAGGGCCACAACAUGGACAUCAGAGAAAAUGUCCCUUUCUGCUUAAUCACGUUUAGUCUGUAGGCUGUAGUAUUCUGAUUUAGCCAUUCAUCUUUCUAAAUGCGUUUCAAAAUUCCAUGGUUAAAAACCAUAGAGGGAGGGAAGCAACAAAGACAUCGUGCUGAGCAACAACUAUUUAUUGUUAAACCAAAAGCAUACUCAGUGAGUAGUAUGCACACACACACCCCAAAAUGUGAAGAACCACAUCCAGUGGGUGUUUGUGAAACAGGGAAAGAGGAAGCAGACGAAUAUUAAUAGAAAAUAUGCACAAUAUACUUGUGAAUUAAACAUGCUGAACAAACUCAGCAAAAUCAUGGCUGCAAUAGUGCAGUGUACAUUUCUUUAGAAUUUCGACUGCACCCUCCCUUCUAUUAGCUGUGUGAUGAAUUAACCAACAUUUCAGUGUCACUGUAUACACCUGUAAAACCAUCAAAUUCAUCCAAAAAUGUCUAUUUUGGAAAAUGUGUAUUACUGUCCGCUUUGGUCAUUGGUAGUAAUGCACGUUAAAUGUGUUUUAACUGUAAGUCAACCAAUGAGAAAAUGAAAUUAAACUUUGCC